CGGCUGCUUCCUGGGAUGCAGGAGGAAUUAGAACUGGUGGAGGAUGUCUGGAGAGGGGAAGCACAGGACCUUCUUACCCAAAUUGCACAGCUGCAGGAGGAGAAUAAACAACUGAUGACAAACUUGUCUCACAAAGACAUUAAUUUCACAGAAGAGGAAUUUCAGAAGCAUGAAGGAAUGUCGGAGAGAGAGCGGCAAGUCAUGAAGAAGCUGAAGGAAGUGGUAGACAAACAGAGGGAUGAAAUCAGAGCAAAGGACCGGGAACUCGGACUUAAAAAUGAGGAUGUAGAGGCUCUUCAGCAGCAACAGAACAGAUUAAUGAAAAUUAACCAUGACCUGCGGCACCGGAUCACUGUCGUUGAGGCUCAGGGGAAGGCGCUGAUUGAGCAGAAGGUGGAGUUGGAAGCAUAUCUGCAAACCAAGGAGCAGGAGAUGGGCAACCUGCGAGCAGAGCUGGGGAAACUGAGAGAAAAACUGCAGGGGGAGGACAGCCAAAAUGGGGAGGAAGUAAAGGCAGAACCAAACAAUGAUGACUGCCUCUCAGAGUCAGAAAAGAUGGCAAUGGACUUAAAAGAUCCGAAUCGUCCAAGAUUCACCUUGCAGGAGCUCCGGGAUGUCCUUCAUGAGAGGAAUGAAUUGAAAUCUAAAGUGUUUUUACUUCAAGAGGAGCUUUUAUAUUACAAAAGUGAGGAAACAGAAGAAGAGACUAGAUCCCCUCAACCUACACCCAUAAUUCAGUCAAAACCCUCAACUCAGCCUGAAUCUGGAAUCAAACGACUGAUCUUUACAGCCAUAAUGCCCAUGGUAGCAGCUGGAUUGAUUCCAGACGAUCCCACAUUGCAGCCAAUAAGAAGACUUGUGUCCCUUGUUUAGUUUCUUCUCUCGUGAUAAGAAACGUAUGCAGGCAUCACAGAAAAAUGUCCACUUCCAGGAUACUUUUGGAGAAUGGUCAAAUUCAAAUAAAGAUGACUCCUACACCGAACAAGGACAAGAAGCUCUGCAGCACCUGUGACUAAAACCUUGAGGUGUUCGGUUUACCGCAGUAGAUCUCGACAGUCUAGUAACAAGAAGCUUCCGUAAGCAAAUCCGGCAGCUCAUCACUUUUAUUUGCCUUGCACACCUCAGUGGUUGUGUUUCAGAUGUACUCGUCAAAAGGGAUCCCUCACUGUUUACUUGGUGCCUGUUUGCUGAAAACAGAAUCCAAGCUUUGUAGUAACAGCCGCCGAUACCCUGGGACAUCGAAGCUUCUAGAUGACUUGUUUUGUGCUGAGUAACAAGUCUAUGGUCUUGUUCAUGCAUUAACUACAGUAACACAAGCUUCUUUAAACCAAAAAAAGGACCUGUGCCAUUAUUAGAAGUUUGUUUGCAGUGUCCAAUAUCUAGUGGCAAAGACUCUUUUACCCUGUUUGUUAACACUAUCGGUUGUUUGCUUUUACCCUGUUUGUUAACACUAUCGGUUGUUUGCUUUUUAAUUCUGUAAGAAUUUUUUCAAGAGGGAUACGACAGCUGGCCACUCUCCGUGGCAGGUCUUAGCACUGCUGUGUCCUGUCAAGUUCAGCUGACAUCUGCAUUUUGCAGAGUAACCACUUGGAAAUCCACCUGGUACAAACUGAUAAACUGGAGUAGCCUUGAGAGGGAUAGUGAGUGUGUAUUUCCCUUGCUGCUUAUAGUGCCUAAAGCGUGAAGAAACCGAUGUAUGAGGUGAGCGUGCCUUGCAUUUUGCCAUGAGUUCUGCAGUAUUAAUGGAAAACAAAUUGCUUACAAGGAGGAAUUCUAACACUUGAAUUUUUUCCUUCUUACUAGGGACUUCCCCCUAGAGUAGCAGACAGCUGCUGUAAAGGAAUUGGGUCUCUUUCCCACAGACAGGUUUUUAAUUAAGUCACACUCCACUUUUCUGUCUAGGUAAGACUGCCUAACUUCAGAGCGAAAGACAUCCUCAGCUAGCUGACAUAAACUAUUUUAACUGACUUAGAGAUGUCCCCAACUCAAAACGUUUUCUCUGACUAGUCUAAACACUACUUGGGCAGAGCGGGUGAAUUCUAUAUAUGCAGGCUGUUCCACUGGUGUUGGUUGAUGUCUGGGUCGCCUGCAGUUACAGGGGCUUAACUCGCCAGCAAAAGCCCAGCACAGCUGAGCUGCCAGGAGGUGGGAUUUAGAUCUGCUUUGCAAUCGAGAUUGUGAGACCUCAGUUGUACUUAAAAAAACCAUGACACUAAAACCCCAUGCAGCGUAACUGUUGCGUACGGUCCGGUGUCAGCACGCACCCCACCUCUGCACCACACGCUCCACGAAGGCACCUAACCAGACGGGAGAGGGCGAGUGCAUCCACAGCUCCUUGCGAGGGAGGUGCUGAGGUCUUUCUGUGAACUUGGCUGUAUGCUAGGAGAGUCCGCACUGGAGCGCAGUGCUGCUGGUGAGGAGUAGCUAGUUACCACAAGGCUGUAGGCAACUUCUGCACGUGUAGCUUAGUGCAGGGGGCUGUGAGCUGCUGUUGGCACCUGACCCCCAGGAACUACAUCUGCUCUGUAAAGAGCCUCUUCUCAGGAGUGGCACUAGGAACAGGAAACGAUGCUCAGGCUGGAGGAAAGCUCCAGGUACUCCAGGUACGGAAUGUAGGAGGAAGUCUCAAAGGCCUCCUAGAUGAAAGCAAGCCAGAGGGUUUAGUACAGGCCAGUUGCUUUUAAUACAACAAGAUCCAAGACUCUGGAUUCUUUAACGUGUGUGAGCAGCAAAUGGUUCUUAGCCCAUCUGUCGUGAAACUGGGCCAGGAAAGCAUUCUUUGCAAUGGUGGGCUGAAUGCUGCUCUGCUCCUGACUGUAACUGUGCUUCAUUUUGAACACGGACCUUGCGCGUGUUCCAGGUAGAGAGUGUGUUUACUGUGCCUCCCUGGUGUCACUGCAGUUUGGGGCGGGGGGGAUGUGUGGCCUUAUUAUGAAAGACAUCUGCAUUUGAAAUAGUGACGGUAGUGUCUGAUGCUAGUGUUAGGCAGAUACGCUUUUGCCUGGUUACAUUUCGGUAACAUAUCUUAAGUUCUAUGCUUACAGAAAGCUGUAUCCAUAAAACGGCAGCACUUCCCCACCGUGUGUGAAAAGCAAUUCUUAAAUGGGGGGGAGUGUCUUAAUUUAAUGAUACUUAAGUUGCUAAGAUCUCGAUUUCACUUCCAUAUUAGGGAAAAAAAAGUACACUACCGUUAUAUCAGGCAGUUAAAGUAAAUUGUGAAUGAUGCCCGUGAGUCUCUCCCUAGCAUAGUUUACAGUCGUUUGGCACAUUUAGAAGAGAUGCAGUGAUCAGAAACAAUGCAAGAAUGCAGCGGAUGCACAGCCUGAAUAAGCACAUCACUUCUGAAAUCAGCUGAGGGCAACGAACUGGGAUAAUAGAAAUACACAGACUGAACUGUUUUUCCCCAGCACCUAAGCUGGUGUAUUACAAAGGACGUCUCCUGGCCUGGUGCACAUAAAGCUCGUCCCGUACGCCAGAGCCCAGUGCACUAUUGUUGGGUCAGAUCUGCAGCCAAUUCAAACAAUGGCACUAAGCACUACAACCUUCCCCCACUCAUCUCUGUAGCCUGUUACCUCAAAAAUCUGAUUAGUUACUCCUGACAUGCCAGCAUUAACCACUUUGCUCCUUGUUCUCGUGCUAGAAAUGCUGAGUUUAUGCACUCCAAGUGCCAUCGGAGAGGAUGGCGGGUAGGGAAGAGUAUGUAAAGAUUUGAAGAUCUGUCUGUAUUGUUUUUCAAUAUUCAAGUAAAAUCUGCUUUUAGAAAAGGGGCCGGAAUGUUGUCAGGUAAGGGGUGUAACAAUCCUGUCUGCAAAGUGCAGGAUCACUGAAGGUUUUUUAGGUGUUCUGUUUUGUUGUUUUUUUUUUUUUGUUGGGCAGUAAAUCAUUUUAACAGUUUAAUAAAUACUUCUGAAAAACAAGUAU